AUGGCGGACCAAGAGGAAGCUGCACCUGUUGCAGAGACAACAGAUGAGACUACUGCUGGGGCAGACGAAUCAACGACUGAACCACCAGCCCCUGAGCAAGAAAUAACUGAAGAACAAACAGUAGAAAAUACAGAGGGAGAAAAUCAAGCUGAUACUGCAGAAGGGGGACAGACUGAAGACCAACCAACAGAACAAUUGACUGAACAACAAACAGAAGGGGAGGAAGCACAGGAGACACAAGAUGAGCAGCCACCAAAAGAAGGUGAGGAUGGCGAGCAAAAGACAGAAGGUGAAGAAGGAACCGAAGUAAAAGAACCAAAGGAGGGAGAUGAAGGGGCAGACGUGAAGGAGGGUGAGGAGGGGGCUGUAGCUAAAGAAAGUGAAGAAACUACUGAAACAAAAGGGGAAGAAGAAGGAGCAGAACCCAAAGAGACAGAAGAAGGAGCAGAGCCAAAAGAGGGUGAAGAUGGAGCUGAACCAAAAGAAGGUGAAGAUGGAGCUGAACCAAAAGAGGGUGAAGAAGGAGGAGAAAAAAAGGAUGGAGAGCCAGAAAGUGGAUCACCAGUACCUCAGAGUGAUACAUUUGCUGCUGGUGAACGAGCAGAGAGUCCUAUAGGUGUUGGAGAGAAGUUAUCAAGGGAAGGUAGUCCUACUCAAGAGGCUGCAGAAGUACCACAACCAGAUACUGGUGUUCUGGAACCAGGAACACCAGAAAGAUCAAGACCAGCUUCACAAACUGGUGAACAUGACAAACACCUGGAAACAUUCCAGGAGGAGCAAGAAGAGGAGGAAGAAGAGGAAGAGGAGGAGGAACAAGAGCCAGAAUUUGACAGAGAAGCUCUGAUGGAAAAAUAUUAUGCAACAAUCACAGAAAGAGAGAAGCUUCAGCAGCAAAACUACCAGCUCCAACAUAAACUAGCAGAACUGUUUCGUAAGAAGAAAGCUGAUGAAAAUCGUCAAGACUAUGAUAAAAAUGCUAAUGAUCAGGAUUCAAAAUAUGUGAAAUACAUGGCACAACUGGAUGAAUUACGGAAACAGGACAUGUUAGAGAGGGACAACUUUGAGGUCCAGAUUGAGGAAGUCAAGGAAAAAUGUGAGCAGAAGAAAGAGAUGGUAGAUGAGGAGAGGAAGCGUUUCAUGGAAUUCAAAAAACAUGUUGCUCUGAAUUCUGUCAGUAACAGAUCUGGCAAACCCAUCCCGCCAAAGGAUAUUGACCAAUACUUAUCAAACGAAAUGAAGAAAGAGUCAGAGGUGGUGAAUGUCCGCUUAGAAAACAUCAAACUCAAAAAUAAACUAAAGAAAAAGGAGAUGCAGUUGAAAUCAAAGGAGGAAUUGGCUGAAAAUCUUCACCUCAUUGACUUUGAACAGCUGAAAAUUGAAAAUCAAACAUAUAAUGAAAAGAUAGAAGAAAGAAAUGAGGAGUUACUAAAGCUCAGGAAGAAGAUAACUAGCACUGUACAGGUGUUGACUCACCUCAAGGAAAAGCUGCAGUUUGUGCAGGCUGAGAACCAGGUCCAGAAAACAACACUUCGAGAGGUUGAGUCUGAGGCUGCCAUGAAACGAGAUAUACUGUCAAGAACAAAGCAAGCAAGAGAUGCACUACGAAUAGACAACCAGAGGUUGCGACAGAACUGUGGUUUACUUGGCAAUGAGUCAUUACUUCGUGAUUUUGAGGAAAGGAAAGAUGAGGGUGAUGAUUUGAGACAUAGACUAGAAAGUUUAAAAAUGGAACAUGCUGAAUUAACAUUGAAUUGUAAUCAAGUUAGAAGGAAAAUAGAGCAAGCCAGAGCCUCCCAUGGAUAG